CUUCUCUAGGAGCCGUCUACCACUUCCGGUUACAUGACGACGACGGCGUUGAUACAAAAAAGAGAGAAGGAAAACAGGAAAAUACCUUUUCUUGGCGAGAACAGUGGAAACUUAAUAGAAAUAGCCAGAUAUAUGUUAACGGGUCGCUUGUAUGGCGACAUAACCAACGUUUGAACUCAAGUCAGUCCGGCUGGAUACCGUAGGAGCAGCGAAAGAGCACAAAUAUUUGUAGUUUAUUGUUCUUCGCCUGCUCCCUCCAGCUAAGCUAUUUCUGUUUUACCUAGCCGAGCAAGCUAACGUUAGCUAACACUGGAUUCCUACACUGUCUUCUCAGUCCUCAAUUAGCCAGAAAGAAAACCAGCGCCUGUUAAUCCGGUCUGUUUGCAGCUGGGCUCUGCUAACCUCCUUUAGCUCGGUGACAUUAGUUGGGGCGAGGAUGGCUACGUCUGCUCUGUACGCCUGCACCAAGUGUAACCAGCGGUAUCCCUUCGAGGAGCUGUCGCAGGGCCAGCAGCUGUGCAAGGAGUGCCGCAUUGCACACCCAAUAGUGAAGUGCACAUACUGCAGAUCUGAGUUCCAACAGGAAAGCAAAACCAAUACAAUCUGCAAAAAGUGUGCUCAGAACGUCAAACAGUUUGGAACACCCAAACCCUGCCAGUACUGUAACAUAAUUGCAGCUUUUAUCGGGACAAAGUGCCAGCGUUGUACUAACUCAGAGAAGAAAUAUGGACCUCCACAGACCUGUGAGCAGUGCAAACAGCAAUGCGCGUUUGACCGGAAGGAGGAGGGCAGGAGAAAGGUGGAUGGGAAACUGCUGUGCUGGCUCUGUACUCUGUCCUACCGCCGUGUCCUGCAGAAAACCAAGGAGCAGAGGAAGGGCUUCGGCUCCUCCAACUCCUCAUCUCUCAACGAGAAAGACCAUCACUCCAGACCUCACCAUCAUCACCACCACCACCAACACAGACACAGCAGCUCUCAUCACAAACUGAGUGGGAGCCUGAGUCCUGAGCAAGAACAGGGACUUUGGAAGCAGAGCCAUAAAUCGUCUUCAAUCCAGAAGGAGACUCCAAAGAAGAAACCAAAACUGGAGAUGAAGCCAUCCAACGGGGACAGUAGUUCCAUCACCCAGUCGAUGGAUUCUGGAGGAACAGACAACUUUAUUCUCAUCAGCCAGCUGAAGGAGGAAGUGAUGUCACUGAAGAGACUUCUGCAGCAACGGGAUCAAACCAUUCUUGAGAAGGACCGAAAGCUCACAGAGCUCAAAGCAGACUUUCAGUACCAGGAAUCCAACAUGAGAGUCAAGAUGAACCAAAUGGAGAAAUCGCACAAAGAGUCUAUGGAGCAACAGCAGGGCAAAAACAGGGAGCUGAUGAAGCAGGUGGCUGCCCUCUCGAAAGGCAAAAAGUUUGACCGGACGGGAAGCUCACUGCUGUUGCCCUAACAAAAGGCCGACCAGCGGGUAACAACACAGAGCGGCUUCAUCGUUGUAACACUGUGAAAGUCUCCCUCCUGUGUUUCCUCAUUGCCAUCAACAUCAAUUACUUGUCAAUUGGUUAAACCAGAGACCAUGUUGUACAUGGAAAUCAAAUGUUGAAUCAAAGCAACCUUUCUCUAAAUGUCAGCAUAUUUUAGAUAUUUUAUGGCGACUUUUCCACUGGUUUAUAGGAUGUGACUUUGGAGAGUGGAGGAUGGAGCCCUCGUUUUUAAACACUGCCGGGCCAAAUCAGAAAGCAUGGUGUGCAUAUGUGGAUAGCAUUCUGUCAACUCAGUGUAUCCACCUAAUUUUUAUGGAUGUCAUGCAAUUUAUUUAUUCAACUGUAUUUCUUAGCUUUUUUAUUUCCUCACAACAUACUAAGAACAUCCCACAUUUUGGGGUUUUUCUUCAAUAGCAAUUAGUUAUAUUUUUCUAAAUUUAUGAGAUUGUGGAAGACAAGUUCUCCUCAGUGGGAGAUCCUGCGCAACUUUACAAUGUAUGCAAACGUGGGACGGGUGACCACUGAGCUGCUGCUCGACAGUAGAGAACCCUCUCAGUAACAAUUCAUAAAACAACCAAUGAACACUUUAAAAGUCUGUCGGACGGAGAGACACCUCUUGGCUGCCCUCUUUCUCACUGUGUGACAGCUGUAGUGCUUUGCUGUUUCUCCUUAGUGGAACGAUUGUAAUACUGCAUGAUUUUACUGCCAGACACCGGUUGGAAUUGUGGUCAGACUUCUUUUUCCCUCCCUUUUUAAUUAGUUUUUUAAGAAUCACUUGUAAAUGUAUUGCUGGGGUCAGCCAUUGUAUUUAAACUAUUGCUUGUAUCUGUUUUAGUGAAUACAGUAUGUGUACAGUAAGGCCAGUUAAAAUUAACAUGUCUGUAGAAGAUGCUUUUUAAAGGAACACACCUAUCACCUUGCAUAAUUGGGCUGGUUUCAUACUGUGGCGUCCAGGAUCACUUUUGUACUUUUUUCCAAACCAAGUGUUUUAAAACUAUUAAAACUGGCUAAACUGUU